CUGGCAUAAUCUCACUUGCCAUUAGGAUUCGCACGAGAUGCCGAAAAUCCUCUCAUGUCAGCCACGCUGGCUCGAUCACAAUACGCCUGCCUUCGACUUCUUCCAGCCUCCCGACAAGAACACAUCACCGCAGCAGCACGAUGAGCAACGAGUCGCACCGCCGAGAAAGAUCGCACAUAGAGGGAGCGAGGUCUUCACUGUCGUUGGCAACGAAUUGAGAUGGAGUGACUUGGGAGUGCUGAAAGACGCUGGAGAAGGAGAAGGCAGAUAUGAACAUCGGCACGGGCAUAACAAGCCAGCUUACAAGGUUCUCCGGGCUCCAUCUUACAAGCAGAUUCAACAGCUAUCUGUUUCUCCAUCUGGAGAUCUUCUAGCCAUUUUGACUUCACAUACCUGCCAUAUCGCGGUGCUACCCGCGCGUGAGCAUCUCAACUACGAGGAUACGCAGCCAUUGAAGCUCCGCUACCACCAACUGGGUCCCACGAUUCACGUCCUGGACCAAGCUCCCCUGGUAAGCGCUGUCUGGCACCCACUGUCUCCGUCUGGAAAUGGCCUUGUGACUGUCACGAAAGACGCAUGUGUACGGCUGUGGGAAUUGGACAUUGAGAGCAGAGGCACAUUCAACGAACCCUCUCUGGCAGUGGAUCUCAAGAAGCUAGGCAAUGCUUCCACUGUGCGCGAGGACUUCAGUGCGAGCAAGUACGGCGUAAACAAAGGCUACUCUGCCGACGAUGUGGAAAUGCAGGUCGCGAGCAGCUGUUUCGGCGGGCAGGGCAGAGAUGCUGAGGACGGCUGGUCGAGCAUGACCUUGUGGGUAGCUAUGACCGAGGGCGACGUGUACGCUCUCUGCCCGUUUCUGCCGGCGAAGUUCUGGGCACCACCUUCGUUGUUACCCAGUCUAAGCACGAGCAUCGUCGCAAAGACAAGAGUACUUGAUCAAGAUCGCCAGGUCUCCGAAUCGGACAAGCGCGCUGCACAUCAGCAGAGUAAUUGGCUUGCCGACCUGGACCAGCAGGACCCAAUCACGGUGGAGGGAGACCACAAUGUCAUGGAGAUCUACUCCCGCCCGGAGCGUCCAGGCGUCAUCCCAAAGUUGCAAGGACCGUUCCAGCUCUCGCCGGAGCCCGACUUUGGAGAGAUCACUGACAUCCACGUCAUCGCGCCAAAGUUGAACGAGGAGGAGUUCUUCGAUGACGAGGAAGACUAUGACGACUUUGGGCACGAUGAAGGGCUGAGCGUUGGAAUCGUGUGCUUGGCGACAAUGACUGGCAAAGUUCAUGUCUGUCUGAAUGUCGAAGGUGUGGAGGCUGAGUGGUUGCCUACGAAGCGUGCUCGGACGCAUGCACUGGAAGAUGCGGACGAUGUGAAAGAGCUACUUUUGCUGGACACCGUCCAUUUUGGUGGCGAUGAUCGAGUCGCAGCCUCGGAGAGCUGGACGACCUUCACUACUUCUCCCGUGGAUCGAUACGAGGUCUUCACCACGCAGGCAUCUGGUGUUUACAGCGUCUCAUUCAGGUCGUGGAUCGGCGCUCUUGAGGAGGAGCUUUCUGCAGCGCAGACUGAUGCUGAAGGUGCUGGCAUACGUCUCAAUGUCUUGCUCGAGUCGUUGCGCACUACUGCUGAGCCCGUCACCUCCAAAUUCUCUACGGCCCAGAAUGAAGUCAACGCUGCCAUUGCUGUACUGGCCGAUGUUGAUGCGGAUGUUGGAUAUGUCAUUCUUACAUCAGCCCAAAACCAGCCUUUCGUGACCAUACUCGACAUCCCAGCCACGGCACAGCACCCAUUCGAGCCAGAAGAUCUGGCACCAACGCGUGCGCUGCCUGCACCCGAAUCACGAGCGCCAUACCAGCCUGCAGAGAUCUUCUACCAAAGUACCGAACUGCCAGACAGACUCCGAAAAUGGCGGCAAGAAAGCGCAUCUGGGUCGAUGGGAGAUGUCAAUGGAGAAAUAAGAUUCUCCCCGUACACUCUUCAGAAAUUGACCGAUGCGCACCGAGUCCUCAGCCAUGAGACCCAUACCUUGGGUCUAGCGGCAGCAGAGCUUUUCCGUCGAUGCGAGCGGAUGGUCAGCGAGAUGAGAGCUCAAGUCGACAAAGUACGAGAACUGUCCAAUCGUGUCAACAGUGUGACAGGCGAGGACGAAUUCCCCGAGCAACGGCCCGGUGAGCCGGAAUUUGUCCGGGGUGGGCGGUACAAGAUUGAGAGCCGCAUCCAACAAAGACAAGAGAAGACUUUGGAGCUCAAGGAGCGCGUGGAUAGGCUACGGAAGAAGAUGCGAGGACUUGGUGGGAAAGAGCUCUCGGCGAAAGAGCGCGCGUUCAUGGACGAAGUGGCCCGGCUCGAACGCAACAGCGAUCCCUCCGACUCUCUUGUUCUGGACGAAGAUCAGGAGUCGAUCGCUGCCCGCGUCAAGGCUGCGCAAGAUGUGUAUCAGCAGCUCAUCGCACAAGCAGCGACUGUGCAGAAGACACUCGAAGCUGCUCAGGCAGAGGCAAAGCGGCCUACAUCCAGUGGCACCGGUGCCUCGAAUUUCAGACAACGAAAACUUGAACAAGUCUUUGCACUACUGGAGAGGGAGUCUGCGCUUGUCGAUGCCGUCAGUGAACGAUUGGAGAAGCUUCAGGCUGCUAUUCGUUGA